AUCAAUUGCAUCUCCACCUUUCACUCCCAACAAAAAAUCAAGAAUUCCCUUUCUAUUUUCACCAAUCACUUAAAAAAAUUGUUGAAAUUAAAUCAAGACUAUUAAUAAUCAUUUAUGUUCUUUUUUAUUCUACUUAGCAGUUGUUUGUGUGGCCUAACAAACUUUUUGUACAUUCUGUGACAAAAGUGUAGGAGUAAUUUAGCUAAUAAUGGCCACCACCGCCACUAAUGCACUCUCCCUCUCCUCUUCCUCCACCCUUGUCGAUGCCAAGGCGGCUCUCCGACAGCCUGCUUCCGCCUCGCCGCAAUGUGUCACUCUUCCCACCCUACCUCCACCGCCUGUCCAAUCCCAAGGCCGUGUCUCUAGGACUACUACUUACUGUCGGAAGAUUGCCAGGAACGUUGUUGCCAUGGCCACAGGGGAAGCCCAAGUAGCAGCAGCACCAGCAGUAGCACCAGCGACAACACCAGAAUCUACUGAUGAAACUUCUUCAGCAGUUGAUAGUCUUGACACAUCAGAGAUUGUGAAAACUAUCCAAGAAGCUUGGGACAAAGUUGAAGACAAGUAUGCAGUGAGCACACUUGCUGCAGCAGGGGCUGUUGCUCUUUGGGGUUCUACUGGCAUGAUCAGUGCAAUUGACAGGCUUCCUUUGAUCCCUGGUGUUCUUGAGCUCGUAGGCAUUGGUUACACAGGGUGGUUUGCAUACCGGAAUUUAGUCUUCAAGCCAGAGAGGGAAGCUUUGAUAAAGAAAAUCAAGGACACAUACAAGGAUAUAAUUGGGAGCAGUUAAAAAGAAAUGAAAGAAGGUAGUAUGAAAUUUGGGGAUGCCCAAAAGAGUUGAACAGAGAUUCUGCAGUUAUUUUCUGCAUUUGAAAUGGAAAAUCCUACUUCUCUUUUGUUCUCAUAUAUUUCCCCUAACAUUAAGUAAAUUAUUCUUGUAAUUUACUCUCUUUCCCUCUUCAAAAGACACUCUUGUACCUAUAUAUUCUUAUGAAAAAUCCUUUGCUUUGCAGCAUCACAUAA